AUGGCUGAUGCUGAGGAUAUCCAACCCCUUGUGUGUGACAAUGGAACUGGAAUGGUCAAGGCUGGAUUUGCUGGUGACGAUGCUCCAAGGGCCGUGUUCCCCAGUAUUGUUGGCCGACCUCGACACACUGGUGUGAUGGUUGGAAUGGGUCAGAAGGAUGCUUAUGUUGGUGAUGAAGCACAGUCAAAGAGAGGUAUCCUCACAUUGAAGUACCCAAUCGAACAUGGCAUAGUCAGCAAUUGGGAUGACAUGGAGAAGAUCUGGCAUCACACUUUCUACAAUGAGCUCCGAGUUUCCCCUGAAGAGCACCCUGUACUGCUAACAGAAGCACCAUUGAACCCCAAGGCUAACAGGGAGAAGAUGACCCAAAUUAUGUUUGAGACAUUCGAUGUUCCUGCCAUGUAUGUUGCUAUCCAAGCAGUUCUGUCUCUUUAUGCCAGUGGUCGGACAACAGGCAUUGUCUUGGAUUCUGGUGAUGGUGUCACCCACACAGUGCCAAUUUAUGAAGGUUAUUCCCUUCCCCAUGCCAUCCUUCGAUUGGACCUUGCCGGUCGGGAUCUGACAGAUUCCUUGAUGAAGAUCCUCACUGAGAGAGGCUACUCCUUCACUACAACUGCCGAGCGGGAAAUUGUCCGUGACAUGAAGGAGAAACUUGCUUAUGUUGCCCUUGAUUAUGAGCAGGAAUUGGAGACUGCCAAGAGCAGUUCUGCUGUGGAGAAAAGCUAUGAGUUGCCAGAUGGGCAAGUGAUCACAAUUGGAGCAGAGAGGUUCCGCUGCCCAGAAGUCCUAUUCCAGCCAUCACUCGUUGGAAUGGAAGCUGCUGGAAUUCAUGAAACCACAUACAACUCCAUCAUGAAGUGCGAUGUUGAUAUCAGGAAAGAUCUGUAUGGGAAUAUUGUGCUUAGUGGUGGUUCAACCAUGUUCCCUGGAAUCGCUGAUCGUAUGAGCAAGGAAAUCACUGCCCUUGCUCCCAGCAGCAUGAAGAUCAAGGUGGUGGCACCUCCAGAAAGAAAAUACAGUGUCUGGAUCGGAGGAUCAAUUUUAGCUUCUCUAAGCACUUUCCAGCAGAUGUGGAUAUCUAAGGGUGAGUAUGAUGAAUCUGGUCCAGCUAUUGUUCAUCGUAAAUGCUUCUAAGCUUGACAAAGUUGAGAUUGGUAGUACAUCGUCGUCUUCUUCGCCAGGUUAUGUGUCACGUGCAAGUUUAGAUUGGUGGGCAUUUUGAGUCUUGGAGUAUUGCUAGAGAAGGAUAUUUGCUUGAAUUGAAAGGUUGAGGUUAUAGUUUUUGAGUUUAAUUUGUUUUGGGAUAGGUUUUAGGAACCAAGCCAUCGUUGUUACUGGAUCGCUUGAAAUGUAUUUUAGGUAGAAGUCCUGUUUGUUUGUCGGUUGUUUUACCAUGUUUCGGCCUUGAAUAUUUUAGGUCCUUGGGGUUAGGUGAGAAAGGUUAGUUUUAUCCUCUUUUCUCUUCCAUUUCAAUAUGUAUUUUCUGGUUGUUUUCGGUUUAAACUUGCAUUGUAUGAGUUUUAAAUUUCAAUGUCAGUUUGCAGUGAACUAUCUGAAGGAAAUUUGAUUUCAAUGUGGAAAUGUUUUGUCUGUC